AUGCCCAACGUCGGACGAGUGGCACACGUCGGCGACAUCGCGGUCAGAAGAGCCUAUCCAGUCAUCCUCAUCCUCGCCACCGGUUCCCCCAACGUCUCAAAGCUGGCAGAGCUCGAAAACGUGGUACCCGCCCACAUCUUCGGCAGUGAAGUCGCAGACCUCGCCGACUUCGCAGACAACUCAAUCGUCUACAACUUCACAAGCGCUAGUGCCGACGUCGUCGUCAUCCACAACGACACCAUCGUCCACAACCACACAGACCUCAACGUCAUCGUCAUCGGCCCCUCCGACCUCGCAAACGUCUCAGACUUCCCAGAGCUCGCAGACAACAGAGUCAUCUACAACUUCACCUACCUCGAGCUCAUCCUCUACAACCUCGCCAUCCACGACUUCGUCUACCACAACCUCAUCUCAGGCUAUAGUUCCAACGACGUCUACGUCGCAAUCGUCUUCGUCUUCCACAACCCCAUCAUUGUCCUCAACGACGACCACAUCGUCCGCGACCACAUCGUCCACAACCUCACCAACCACAAGCACUUCAACUACGACCUCGUCAACCACGACCUCGCCAACUACAACCUCAUCAACUACAACCACGUCUUCAACAACUUCAUCGACCACAACAUCGUCUUCGCCGUCCUCGACGUCUACCACAACGUCACCAACGACGACCAGCAUGACGACAACUUCCAUGACAAGCACGACUCUGACUACUUCCGUCACAUCAUCAACCUCAACGUCAAGCGCUCUGCCGGACUGCCCAACUUGCAACCCGCAACAGGGGCGAAAUAUGUGCGACGUCACCACUUCAUGCAUUAUCCUAGGCGGCAAAUAUCGCUGCGCGUGUCGAGGGGGUUACAAGGCCGCAUCUGCGGACCAAUCGUACCGGGUGGUUUAUCCCGGAUACGGAUAUUUGGUGUUCGUCCCUCAGCGUGUUCCCUGUAAUACCCUUUGCGAAUAUCAGCUAGGCAAUCCAGCGGGGCUCUGUAGGGACGUGGACCUUGCGGAGUUGAAGUGUAACGAGUAACAUCGUGAUACUUUGAUUCACUUCAGGAUAUUUAGAUACAGGUAUGAGAUAGACGCACACGAGGUUCAUAAACAACAAAUUACUACUAGAAUAUACGACUACAUCAGCGCAAGGCACAUUGAGACUAGAACACCGUGCAGCCCCUUUUACAUCCCGACGCUUUGGAGACGGACGGAGGCUACAGUAGGGUAACAUCGUCGUCCCCUUAGAAAACAAGCCACCUGCGUUGGGGGUGGAGCUCUGGUGUGAUGGCUAGCAAUAAGUAGCUAACUAAUAAUUGAG